CACACUUGCGAAGACUUGGAUCAAAACACACUAGUAAAAGAAAGACUUCAAGUAUACAGAGUGCAUCCGGGAGAGACCUUAGUUGAAUCAAUAAUGGCUUUUGUGUUAUGGGAAACGUUGAAAGAAUCAAUCUCAGCAUACGCAGAUCUCUCACCUGUGACUUUGCUUACAUCUGUAACUUUGGGACUUGCCUUGUUCUACGCUAUUUGGGUGAUGUUUAGGCCCUCUGCUCAGCCACAGCAGCAGCAGAGUUUGGUGGUGAAAGACAAGAAUGAAGUUACAACUAGUCAAUUAGCUGUUGUCACCUCAUCCCCUCUAUGGGAUGUCUUUUUGAGUUUUUGUGGCCAAGACACUCGCGGAAAUUUCAUUUCACAUCUUUACCAUGCUUUGGAUCAGGCAGAGAUCGUAACCUUCCUAGACGAACCUGCACUUGAAAAGGGUGAAGAAAUUUCAAGAGGACUGCCUGAAGCAAUCAGAAAUUCUAAGAUGUUUGUAGUUGUUAUCUCAGAGAACUAUGCUGAUUCGUCGUGGUGCCUUGAUGAGCUUGUAGAGAUCCUGAGUUGCAAGAGAACAAACAAUCAGGUAGUUAUUCCCGUAUUUUACUAUAUUGAUCCAUCACACCUACGACACCACAACGGGAGUUUCGGUGCAGCUCUUAAAAAGCAUGAGAAGCGUCACUCUGUUGAUAGGAUUCACAAGUGGAAAUCUGCACUUGCUGAAUUCGCAGAUUUAUCAGGAUACCAUUUGAAAGACACGAAAGAAGAGAGGGAAGCACAUACAGUUCAACAUAUUGUUCAGGAUGUAUUGUCACAAGUACCAACAAAGGCUGUGCACCUUGAAAGAGGUCUAUUUGGGAUAGAUCUUGCUGUCGAAGAGAUAUAUCAACAGCUAAGCAUCGAGUCAAAUGAUGUCCGCGCCCUUGGAAUAUGUGGGAUGGGUGGAAUUGGGAAAACGACUAUAGCCAAGGCCUUCUACAACAAGCACGCCCACGAAUUUGAUAUAAGUUGUUUUAUGGAAAAUGAUAAACAGAAUUCACAAGGAGCUAGUCCUCCACUUUCUUUACUUCACCAACUCCUGAAAGAGCUUCUCAGAGUGAAGGAUUUGAAGGUCCGUGAUUAUGGAAGUGCACUACGUAAAUUGGAAAAAUUUAUCAGUUCUAAGAAAGCCCUCGUUGUUCUUGAUGAUUUAGACCAGUAUAGCUGUUCAGAAUUGCUAGUACGGAUUUACCAGCAGUUUUCAGUUGGUAGCAGAAUCAUUUUUACGGCAAGAGAUACAAACCUUCCAAAUCAACUGAAAGUGGCGAUGUCAAAUGUAGACAUAUAUAUGGUGAAGCAUUUGGAUCACACGGAUUCAUUGAAGCUCUUUAGCUAUCAUGCUUUUAACAUAUCAAAGCCUCCCGGAAAAUACUUAGAUCUGUCAGAAUGUUUUGUCAUGUACACGGGAGGCCUUCCACUAGCUCUAAAGGUGUUGGGUUCGUCUUUGUGCGGUAGAACAGAUGUUUCAUUUUGGAAAGUUAAAUUGGAAAAGGUUAAAAAAAUUCCAUUGAAAGAUAUUCAAAAAGUCCUUCAACUGAGUUACGAUGAAUUAGAAGAUGAAACGGUGAAGGCUAUCUUCCGCUAUAUUGUAUUCUUCUUCCUGGAUAAGAACAUAAAUGAGGCUAUUGAUGUAUUCAAAUCCUGUGGUUUUUUUCCGGAAGUUGGGAUACCAAUUCUAGUUGAAAGGUCUCUGCUAACCAUUGAUUUAGCUAAAAGACUUCAAAUGCAUAAUCUUAUACAAGAUAUGGGAAGGAACGUCAAAGAAUCCAAACAUGGGCUCUUGUACUUGGAUCAGGAAGAAGCUUCCCAGACUUUGCCAAAUACAACGGACAUGGAUAAAAUUGAAGCCCUGGUUGUAGAUUGUACAACGUCAAUCAACAAAUACUGCAAUGCCCAGCUAUUUGAAAGGUUGCCAAAUCUCAGAUUAAUAAAACUAGUUGAUGUAUAUGAUAUCAAAGGAAAAAUCAAAGCUUCAUUUCAUGAGUUGAGGUACAUCAGUUGGCAUGGCUGUCCCUGGACCCAUUUAUCUUAUGGUGUUCAUCUACAAAAACUUGUCGUUUUAGACAUGCCAUUCAGCAGAUUUGAAACAUUGUGGAAGAUUGCUAAGUUGUCAUCUUUGCGUCAUUUGAAUUUGGAAGGAUGCAUUUACUUGAAGGAAUUGCCAGAUUCAAUUGGGCACUUGACUGGUCUAUACCAUUUGAAUCUCAAUGAUUGUGUAAAACUAAAACGACUUCCCAAACCCAUCACACAAUUGACUACUCUGAGUUGUUUGAAUAUGAGUGGUUGGAGCAAUCUGAAACAAUUGCCGGAGCAAUUGGGCGAAUUGAAAGGCUUAAAGAGGCUUAAUGCAAGUUGUACAGCAAUAGAGCAACUGCCAGAUUCAAUUGCUCACUUGAAGAAAUUAGGUUAUUUGGAUUUGAGGGACUGUAAGAAUCUUAGAAAGUUACCUGAGCAGUUUGGGAACAUGGAAGGCUUGGUGUACUUUAAUGCAGGUGGCAGUGCAAUCGAACAACUGCAAGACUCGUUUUCAGACCUGCUUAAUUUGGUCCAUCUGAAUCUCUCUGGAUGUUCAGAGCUGAAGAGAUUGCCUGAGCAGUUGGGGAAGAUGCAAUGUCUAGAAUUCCUAGAUGCAUCUCAUACAGCAAUUAAAGAAUUACCGGAUUCUAUUGGAUCACUGCCUAGGAUAAAAGUGUUGGGUCUCGCCAAGUGCGAGAAGCUUACGUAUGUCCCAAAUAGCAUCCGCAAUCUUAAAUCAAUUGGAAGCUUAUAUCUUAGCACCUGUGAGGACAUAGUAGAAAUUGAGUUGAUUGAGAAUGUGAAAGAUAUGAACUUGCAGCACCUGGGUCUGAGUUGUAAUAUAAGACUUUGGUUGCCCAUCAUUCUAAGCUUCUCUUCUCUGAUAUCAUUAAGUCUCCGUGAUAAGUGCGGGAGCCCCUCCCCAACCAAACCCUUUAGUUUCUUUCAGCUUUCCAACCUUACAUUUUUUACUUUGACUAACAGUACAACUCAUGGUUCCUCCUUUCCCGAACUACCACUCAAUUUAAGAAGCUUGCAGGUAGAAAGCCACGCUUCACUAGAACAAGUACCUGAUUUGUCCUACCUCAAACACUUGAAGGAUUUGUACAUAGUCAAAUGCCGCAGCCUUCAAUCUCUCCACAAACUUCCACCUCAUCUUUCACGCCUUACAGUUACUGGAUGUACAAGCCUACAAGACUUUCCAGAUGUGUCAAUGUUGAGAAAUUUAGAACAACUGGAAGUUACUCACAACGGCAGCAAUUUAAAAGUCAAUUUAGAGGAAAAUGACAUUCAGCUAAGAAGUAACCGGUGGUUUACAUUUGAAGCAACUGUACCAAACAAGGAAAUUGCGGAGUGGUUCGACUAUAAAAACAGGGAAGGCUGCACACUAUCUUUUGAAGUUCCCCCGAACUUGGGAGAUGACUUAGUGGGUGUCGCCUUCUGGGUCGUUCAUAAAUGCUCCUGUGACCGAUGGUCAAUAGUUGAAACUGUUAUUACAAAUAAAACACAGGGUAUGACAACUGCCUUGCGCACGGAUACUCAUUAUGGUACAAAGGGUGACCGACAAUCAUCUAUACAUUCCAUAAAGGCAGAGUACAUCUCAAUGAAGAACGGAGACGAAAUUAUGAUUUCUUUUCCUGAAGCAGAAGUGAGUAUGUGUGGCGCUCACAUACUAAAACGUCCUUCCGGCCUAGUCAAAUAAAAUUUUGUCUAAUUUUUUUGCCAGAAAGUAUUGUAUAAUUACAAAGCUUAAAGUUGGGUAAUUCAUCAAAAUUGAAAAUACCAAAUCUAUAAUGUUUAUUCA